AUGAGCGCGAGCGGCCCGGCGGCUACCGGGGACGGCCCCGCGCUGCCGCCGCCGCCGCCCGGGCCCGGUCCGGGGCCCGCACCGCCCGCGCCCGCCGCCGCCGCCCGGGACGCCAUGGACGGGCGCGCUGAGCUGCCCGCCUUCCCGCGGGCCGGAGCCCCGCCGCUCGCCGCCAGCGACACGGUGCCCGCGGCGCCCGAGGGGGCUGGGGCGGCCCGGCCCGGCCCGCCGCCGCGCCCCACCUCCUUCUCGGUGCUGGACAUCCUGGACCCCAACAAGUUCAACAGCAGAAGACGCCGCUGUGUGCUGCUGGGCCCUGUGGCGCCCGCGGCGUGCGCCCCGGCCCCCGCCGCCCCGGGACGCCCGCCGCGCUCAGAGGAGCUGGAGCGCCGUGCCCUCGCCGCCGCCGGAGGAGCUGGAGCCGGUACCGGAGCUGAGCCGCCGCACGGCGGCGACUCCUGCAAGGCGGACGAGGCCGAGGCCAACGGCUACAGCAGCGGCGGUGGCCGCAGCCCGAGCGCGGACAGCGGGGACGAGGCGCCCGACGACGAGGACGAGGCGCCCGAGGCGGGGGCGGCGCGCGGCGCUGAGGCGCGGGGAGGCGGCAGCGGCCUCGGGGCCCGCGGGUCGGGCUGCCAGGGCGAGGCCGAGGCGCCCCCAGGCGCUGUCGAUGAGGCCGCUGUCCCCGGCCCCCGUGGGAACUCGCCCGGAGCCCCGGGCCCGCCGGGAGCCUCGGUGGCGCCCGGGGACGCGGGGACGACCCCGCAGGGCGCGGCGACGGCGACGAAGCCCAAGCGGAAGCGCACAGGCUCCGACUCCAAGUCCGGGAAGCCGCGGCGCGCGCGCACCGCCUUCACCUACGAGCAGCUCGUGGCGCUGGAGAACAAGUUCAAGGCGACGCGCUACCUGUCGGUGUGCGAGCGCCUCAACCUGGCGCUGUCGCUGAGCCUCACCGAGACGCAGGUGAAGAUCUGGUUCCAGAACCGCCGCACCAAGUGGAAGAAGCAGAACCCGGGCGCCGAUACCAGCGCGCCGACAGGCGGCGGAGGGGGACCGGGGCCGGGUUCCGGGCCGGGUGCGGGGCUGCCCGGUGGCCUCAGCCCGCUCAGCCCGUCACCGCCCAUGGGCGCGCCGAUCGCCAUGCACGGCCCGGCCGGGUACCCGGCGCACGGCCCCGGCGGCCUGGUGUGCGCCGCGCAGCUGCCCUUCCUGUCGAGCCCGGCGGUGCUGUCGCCCUUUGUGCUGGGCUCGCAGACCUACGGCGCGCCCGCCUUCUACGCGCCGCACCUCUGA